GGGCAGGCUGACUAGUGUCGUGAUAUACGUGCAGUGUUAAUGUAAGCUAUGGGGUGACUUAUGCCGCUAUUGAGCUAUACCGGGAAGGUCAAAUAGCAUACGUUCAUAAAUUACAUAAAUCCACAUCGAACGCCGAUUGUCAUAUGCUGGGAAUGCAAUUGAAAGCCUUUGUUCUACCCCCAUCAACGGAAUGGUCUCGCCCAAAGACCCUCCGGCACUGAUUGAGCCAAUACGGCUAUUACGAGCUGAAUAUUUUUGUGUCAAUAGUCUACAGUAAGUAGUAACAUACAUUGUCAUAAUCGUUAGCACUUGGAGACGAACAGAGAGAGAGAGAGAGAGGCCGAGAGGGAGAGAUAAGUGUCCCACAAGCGUCAGCUCAACGAGCGGAUGAACGAGCGAUGCACUGGCAGUGCAGUGCAGGAUUUACAAGGGUUCUUUGUCCAUAUGCGUAGGUCGGCUGGCCCGUCUUUAUCAGCACGCGAGCAGUGGCUGCAGGCAUCCUUGAGAGGGUCCUUCAACGUCCCCGCCGCCGCCGCCGCCGCCGCCACCACCGCAGCUUUGGAUGCGGCCGGGAGACGCUGGUCCGAGGCACAGAUGACCCACCGGGACGCCUGGAGAGUCCCGACAGGGGAAGCUAACUAAGGGGUGGGGGGGAGCGUUGAAGGGAGAGAGAGAGAGAGAGAGAGAGAGAGAGAGAGAGAGAGAGAGAGAGAGAGAGAGAGAGAGAGUGGUGGCGCCGCUGUGAUCGGCUUUGAAGGCCCACCCGCAAAGUGUGGCAGCCAGGUCGGCCUUUAAUCCCCUGGGCCCGGAGAUGCCCUCCCCCCUCACUGAUGGAGAGGGUCCCGGGGCGUCCCCCCUGAACGGGUCUGCCGGCCCCUUCAAGCCCAGCGGGACGAGGAAGAACCUCAAGAAGAAGAAGAAGGGCACCAUCACGGCCAACGUGGCCGGCACCAAAUACGAGAUUGUUCGUAUAGCCAUCAAGGAGAUGGGCUACCUCAAGACCAGGCACGAGGACGAGACGGCCAACCUCAUCUGGUGCGACUCGGCUGUGCAGCACGAGAAGAUCGCUGAGCUCAGGAACUACCAGAGAAUUAACCAUUUCCCUGGCAUGGGCGAAAUCUGCCGCAAAGACUGUCUGGCCAGAAACAUGUCCAAGAUGAUCAAGUGCCAGCCUCAAGAGUACGGCUUCAUCCCCAAGACCUGGAUCUUCCCGGCCGAGUACACCCAGUUCCAGAACUACGUCAAGGAGCUGCGGCGCAAACGCAAGCAGAAGACCUUCAUCGUCAAGCCCGCCAACGGAGCCAUGGGCCACGGAAUCUCGCUGAUCCGUAACUGCGAGAAGCUGCCAGCCCAGGAGCACUACAUCGUGCAGGAGUACCUGGACAAGCCCUUCCUCAUGGAGGGCUACAAGUUCGACCUGCGCAUCUACAUCCUGGUCACCUCCUGCGACCCGCUGCGCAUCUACCUGUACGACGACGGGCUGGUGCGCAUGGGCACCGAGAAGUACCACGCGCCCAGCGAGGCCAACCUGAGCCAGCUCUACAUGCACCUGACCAAUUACUCGGUCAACAAACACAACGAGAACUUUGAGCGCGACGAGACCGCGGACAAGGGCAGCAAGCGCUCCAUCGGCUGGUUCACCGAGUUCCUCCGCGCCAACCACCACGACGUGGCCAAGUUCUGGGGCGAUGUUUCUGAGCUGGUGGUCAAGACCUUGAUUGUAGCCGAGCCCCACGUUCUGCAUGCGUACCGCAUGUGUCGCCCCGGACAGCCACCAGGGAGCGACAGUGUCUGCUUCGAGGUGCUGGGCUUUGACAUCAUCCUGGACCGCAAGCUCAAACCGUGGUUACUUGAGAUCAACCGAGCGCCGAGUUUUGGAACUGAUCAGAAGAUUGAUUACGACGUGAAGAAGGGAGUGCUGCUCAACGCUUUAAAGCUGCUUAACAUCAGGGCUAGCGAUAAGAAGCGCAACCUGGCCCAGCAGAAGGCCGAAGCCCAGCGGCGGCUUUACGGCCACGGGUCGGUGAAGAAGCUGUCGGCGGCCACCUCCGACCGGGAGAAGCAGCGGCAGACCCUGGAGCGCCGCCGGGAAGAGCUGAAGGAGCGCCUGGCGCAGGUCCGCAAGCAGAUCUCCCGGGAGGAGCACGAGAGGAGACAUCUGGGGAACUACAGACGUAUUUACCCCCCUGACGACGAGCCACUCCUGGAGAGGUACGAGAGCCUGCUCUCUGCCGCCUUCCAGACCUUCCUGGCCGGCCGCGCUGCCUCCCUUCAGAGGGAGAUGAAUAAUCCUCUGAAACAAAUGAAGGAAGAGGACAUCCUGGACUUGCUGGAGCAGUGUGAGCUGGACGACGAGAAGCUCACGGGCAAAUCCUCCAGGCAACGAGGCCCUAAGCCCCUCUCCUGCAUGCCAGAAAGCAGUCAGACGCCCCGGAGACUGCGACCCGACUACCUGGGUGACUUCACCACCGCCAGCAGCGCCAACAACUCCUGCUCUUCAUCCGAGGAGGAGGAGGAGGACGGGGCGGAGGAGCUGGGCGGGGGGCCGCCGUUCGGAGAGGAAGGAGGAGGAGGAGGAGGAGGAGGGAGAGGAGCUGGUGGAGAAGGGGGAGGAGGGAGGAGGGGGAAGAGAGAAAAGAAAGUUUCCUACGACCUGACGGACAGCGGAGAGAGGAGUCCAGCCGAGCGCUCAGGGCGCGUGAACUGGAAGCCUCCAAUCAAGCCCCUCAAACCCAGUCCCGCCCCCGAUCUCUCCGGGCCAAUCAGACGCUCCAUUUCCUGCCCUCGCUCCAUGGCUUCCCUCUCGUCGCCCAAUGACUUGCGGACGUUGGCUACAAAGCCCUCGCCUGCAUUUCCGCUGGCCACGCCCCUGGUGAGGCCCAGCUCGGCAACACUGCGCUCCCAUUCGCUGAGCCGCAGUGGCUCCGCCCACCGAGUGCCGCACAGCAACAGUCUGGGGACGAUUCACUCUCACACGGGCGAUCCGGUGCUGAACCUCAGGAGUAAGGAGCAGGAGGCCGAGCUUGUGCGUCAGACCCUGGCUGCUCUCACCGUCAUGAGGAUCAGGUUCCCCGGCAAGACGGAAGAAGAGGCUGAGGCUGUUCUCGACGAGAUCCUUGACAACUGGAAGUACCAUAAGCCUAAGGUGGCCUCAUACUGGCUGGUGAAGUUGGACUCCACAAAACAGAGAAAGGUGCUGGAGAUCGUGCGCAACAACGUGCGCGCGGCCCUGCAGCGCGUGUGGCGGGAGCCCGAGGUGGAGAGCCUCCACCUGCACCGCCUCUUCAGCCGCGUGUUCGGACGGCUGCUAUGGAGCCACGGCCAGGGCCUGUGGAACUGCUUCUCCAACACCGGCUCGUCCUGGGAGUCGGUGUUCAGCAAGAGCAGCGAGGUGGUGUCCCCUCAGGAGCUGUUGUGCUGCCGCCGGGUGGUGCAGCUUUGCAGAGACUGCCUGCUGGUCGUCUACAAGUUUGUCUCCGAGUCCCGGGGCUCCAUGAGCGGCCUCAGCCCGGAGUGGGACGACACCAGCUUGCCAUUGGCUGCUGGACCAGCCUCUGCCCAUGGCUCCGCCCCCGCCCAUGGCUCCGCCCCCGCCCAUGACUCCGCCGUCGCUGCCGCUGCUGCCAGCGCUUCCUCCUCCACUUCCUCCUCCGUCACUUCGCCCCGCGACGCAGGUACUGGAACGCUGUUAGCCGGAGCUGCCUCACUGCUCUGUCUAGGUGGAAGGUGUCAUAGGAAAGUCUUAGACCGGUACUGACGUCUGUGCCGCCCGAAUGAUAGGUAUCCGGUGCCAGUACCCUCCCAGUUCAUCGUCAAGUGGCCCACCUCCAGGCCUGGCCGCCCGUCCUCGGCCGCCGCCCCACCACACACUCGCAGCCUCCUGGCUCCCAGGACGGCCCAGUCGUGAGGUCACCGCGGCCAGCCUCCCCUCGCCCCCCAGAACCCCCCGGAAAGCACCCAGAACCCCGUGCCCCCUCCCCCCUGACCGUCACCUCCCGCCCUCCCCCUUCCGCCCGCCGACCUCGCCCCCCGCCUUUGACCUUCACCUCGCCAAAUCGCCACGACAACCGCGACUCCAGGUUGGGAUCACAGAUUGGAGGGGGGUGGGGGCUUAUGGUGGACUCAACCGGACCUUGGCCGUGCCCCUGCGCUCCCCUGUGGUGGACCGACUGAGGUCGGAGCAUAUGUGAUGGAUCAGGAGAUCGGAUUUAGUUCGGCCCCUCCCUUCCUCCUCCUCCUCCUCCUUGUCCUCCUCCUCUUCCUCCACCUCUUCCGCCUCUUCC